CGCUGUGCGCGUGUCAUUUUAUCUGCGUUCCCUACAAAUCCGUAGAAGUACAGGUGCCCGCGUACGUUUGAAGACAUUUUAAUAGUGGUGGAAAUAUAUACUUAAGUCAGGGAUUUUGAUAUUCCAUCUCAAAUGGCAGGCAAAAUCAAACUUACGGAUGAGUGCAGCUAUAAAACAUACUCUGUUUGUGAGAGUGCAGCUGAUAGCAGUAGCAGCAGAGUGGAGGAAGACGGAGAAAGCGACGGUCCAGCGGUGUUUAUGUGCGGCAAAUGCAAGUUACCCAUCGGUGAUAGUUUGUCAUGGGCAGGCAGUGAUGACGAGCAGAACCAAAUUAUGCUCAAACGGAUCACUGACAAUGUCGUCAUAGGCAAAGAUCCCUUUGUUUCUGGUACCCGAAAGGAGCUUGGAUGUCUUGUUGUAAAUCUCACCUGCCGUGGCUGUUGCUCAGAAUUAGGAAUCAUGUAUAUAUCAACCCCAAAAAAGCUUGAUUACAAGAGAUCUCUCUUCUGCUUUAAUGUUGAAAAUAUUGAAAGCUAUGUUGUUGGCAGUCCAAGCCAGCGGGUGCCAGAAUUGGACAGAGAAGACAAACCAGUGACCCUGGAGUACCAGAACAUUGUGGAACAGCAAAUGACAGAGAUAAAAUCUCUAUCAGUGAUUAUAGGACAACGCCUACUGGAGAUUGAAAAUAACCUCCAGUGCAGUUCUGGAAAAUGAAUGAAAAUGAGCUGUCUGUUUUAUGACUCAGGGUAAUAAUCCUGUGUGUCUGUUGUGAAUGAGGUUGUGUCUGUCAGUUAUGUAUUUAUAUGUAUUUUCUAUACAGUUGUAUGCAAUUGUCACAUUUAUAAUUUUCUAGCUUUUACUACACAUUCUAAGAGAUGUCAUUGGAUAUAAACGCACAGAUUAGAUAUUGUAACAUGAAAUUGUAUUCUGUAAAAGUUACUGUACUGUAUGUUAGGAAAAACACACGUGUUUGUCUGCAUCUCCUAUUUUGUCAGGUAUAAUCCUUGUGUUGUUGUCAUGAUGCUAGUAUUUACAAGAAGGAUACACACAGGGUGGACAUGCAUAAUAAAUAUACUAGUA